UAACAUAGAGGGGGCGGGUCUGCAGAACAAUUUAAUGUUCACAUUUCUGAAGAUUAUGUCAGAAGAUUCAGACAAGGAUAAGCAGCUGAUAAAUCGCAUAAUAAGUGAUGAAUACAAUUCGGAUGAAGAUCCCUUUAACCCAUUUGUGGCAGAAGAUCUUGAGCAGUGUGCAUUUUUCACAGAUUCCAUUUGUGAUCAGCUUUUCCCACGGACAAAACAGAUUAUCUUGGCAUAUAACUCUGGGAGAUGGAUACCCCGGCUUCGUGAGCCUCGCAAUCUUUAUGGCAUAUCCCCUGCAGGCCACCUGAGCUUAAUACGUUGGCCACACCAAUGUGAGGUCAUCAGGGACAGAAUUGAGCACAUUGACUGGAUUCCCCGUGAGCCUGAGGCACUGUACCACCCAACGGGCCUGGAGCUCGAGCCACUGUACCAAUACCCCAGAGAGGGCACGGUGGUUUAUUCAGCAGAUGAAGCUAACGAGGAAUCCUGUUUUGUGUAUUCUCGAGUAGGAGGUAGCUUCCCCUCAAAGCAGGUCAUCGCUCAAGAUUGGGACAACACUUUGAUCUUUGAAGCACGUUUUGAGAGUGGGAAUCUGCAAAAGGUGGUCAAAGUUAGUGAAUUCGAGUACCAGCUGACACUGCGCACUGACCUCUACACAAACAGACACACCCAAUGGUACUACUUCCGAGUAACCAACACUCAGGCAGGAAUGCCUUAUCGUUUCACCAUUGUCAAUUUCACCAAGCCCACCAGCCUGUACAACCAUGGUAUGCGUCCACUCUUGUACUCAGAAGUGGAUGCGAAGAUCCACCGAGUUGGCUGGCAAAGGACAGGAGAUGAAAUCAAGUAUUACAAAAACAACCUUGGCCAAGAUGGGCAUCAGUAUUUCUCACUCACUUGGACAUUCCAGUUCCCACAUGAUCGAGACACCUGCUACUUUGCCCAUUGCUAUCCUUACACCUAUUCCAACCUGCAGGACUACCUGGCAGCCAUCUCGAGAGAUCCAGUGAGGUCAAAGUUUUGCAAGAUCCGCAUCUUGUGCCAUUCACUAGCAAGAAACAUAGUGUAUGUUUUAACCAUCACCAGCCCCUCAGAAAGUGGCAAGGAGGCAAAGCGUAAGGCAGCUGUGAUUUUGACUGCGAGGGUGCACCCAGGCGAAACAAACAGCUCCUGGAUAAUGAAGGGCUUUCUGGAUUACAUUUUGGGCAGCUCAGGCGAUGCUCGGUUGCUCCGUGACACAUUUGUCUUCAAAGUGGUACCAAUGUUGAACCCAGAUGGUGUGAUUGUGGGAAAUUAUCGCUGCUCCUUAGCAGGUCAGGACUUAAAUCGUAAUUACACAUCAGACCUGAAGGAAUCUUUUCCUUCUGUUUGGUACACCCGGAACAUGAUCAGAAGACUGAUGGAGGAGCGUGACAUUCUCCUGUAUUGUGAUCUUCAUGGUCAUAGUAGAAAAGAGAAUGUCUUCAUGUAUGGCUGUGAUGGUGGGGAGCAAGCAGAGGUGCCAUGCUUGCACCAACGCAUCUUUCCUCUCAUGAUGAGCAAGAACUGCCCAGAUAAGUUUUCAUUCCCAGAUUGCAAUUUCAAAGUACAGAAAAGCAAAGAAGGGACAGGUCGAGUAGUGAUGUGGAAGAUGGGCAUCCGCAACAGCUAUACUUUGGAAGCCACUUUUUGUGGAUCUAAACUAGGUAAUAGAGGGGGCACUCACUUCAACACUGAAGACUUAGAGUCAAUAGGAUACCAUUUCUGUGAUGCCCUCUUGGAUUACUGUGAUCCAGACAAGAGUAAGUAUUAUCUGUGUCUGAAUGAAUUAGAGGAAAUGGUGAAACAGCAAGCUAAGACAAACUCAGAGAAUCUUAAUUGUGACUCAGAUGCCUCUGUCACAGAUGCCAUGUUAGACAAAGAUUCCAGUACCCACGUUUCUGACAGCUCAGACUCCAACGAUACAGCUGCACACGGGCUAAAACCAGAUACUCAGAGAAAAGCCAAAACGUUGGAAGAGAAUUUUCACAGCAUCACUAAGAACAGAGGAACUGGAAGCAAAAAUGUUUCAGUCUAUCUCCCCUUUAGUUCAAGAAGCAAUGAUGUCACCAAAGUCCAGACUAGCAGCAUGGCAUUACAUAAAAUACUUAAGGAAAUUGAUCCCAUGGUGAAAGAAGCUGUACCAGCUGUGCAAGCAAAUUACACAGAACAGUAUCUCAGUCCUUAUUUUCCUGAACAGGGAUUGGACUUGGACUGGACCAAUGUGUCCCAACCUCUAAAACAUUUCAUAUCCCAGAGACUUUUUCUCCCUCCUGCCAUCCUCAAACAAAUGUGCUAUAUAGGUUCAACAGCAGGGAAUGGGGCAAUCUCUGGGUGUCAGCUUCCCAAGGUGAUGAAUAGGCCGAAAGUGAAAGAAAAAAAGGCCCAGCGAAGAGUAAAGCUGCCUGUUACAACCUCCAUCAAGCAAGUGGGAAAAUGCUUCAGCUCUGAGAGACUGACUCAGGGUGCCGAAGAGAACAUUCUUGAAAAGAAUUGUUUGCCACUGGGGUUAGGAGAAAUCAUGUCCCAAGAUGCAACCUUACCUAAGAGAGCAAACCUCUAUUCACCGUUCUUCAAGAUGACAUCCCAAAGUGUAGAGAAGCACCAAGGCAGAAGGGUCACCAGCUGCACAGAAAAGACAGUUACCUAUCUGGAUCACAAUGCAAAGAGCAGUUCAAGCAGGGAAGAAAGAAAAGUGAAGAACAGGCCACCACUGAAAAGUGCAAGGUCCUGCCGAAACAGAACAAACCAGGAAGCGAAUGUUAGGAUGAUCAAGUCAUGCCAGACACAAGAAUCAUUGCAACUUUCUCUCCCUAUAGUGCUUGGUGCAAAGGGCAGGCAAUCCAAUGAAAGGUGUCAUGAGGGUGAACCACAGCCAAAAUCCUUUGGCCAGCACCGAGCAGACCUGGCAACUUGUUCAGAUAUGAAAGGGAACAUGGCCAGGCCUACAUUAUCAAGCAAAAUGAUUUUACUGCCCCAACAUGACAGCAGAGAAACAUUCCAUCCAGCAUCUUUGUUAUGUGCCAUGAAGAAGACAUCAACAAAAGGGUUAUUGUGCAAUAGUGAGACCAAGGCGGUGGCUAAGAGAAAAACUCUGGAGCCUGGGUCACAGACUGUACUUACAAGACCUUCCAGUCACAACUGGGUGAAUUUCCUGUCAGGCUUAGAAAUUGAUGCAAAUGUUGUGAAAAACCUUACAAGCUAAAAUAUACAGCCAGCCAGGCUCCAUUCAGACAGGACAUCAACACUGGGAAAUGAGUGGCUUCACAUCAGAUACCCUGAGGGAUUAGGACUCCAGUCCUGGGGAAACCCUUUGGCAGGAGUGCUCUGAAAAUGCAGCAGAAGUGUAUACAGUGCUAAGAAGUUUAGCCUCACACUGUCCUGAAAGACAGAGUCUAGAUUUCCGGAACCUCUGAGUGACAGCUAAAGAAGGCACAGCAUUUAAGUUUCUUUUCGAAUUUUUUCAUUUUUUAAUUGUCAGUAAAUUUCAGACAUAAAAAAAACCAGCUGUAUCAUCUGACUUCUUCAGAAUUAAAGUGAUGUCUGACCAGAAUGGACAACUAAAAAGGGGAAGGAUUUGUGUUACUCAAUUCAGACCCUACCAGCCACUUUAAGAAACAGUGCUAAUGGACUCCUAGGGGAAUUCCAUCCAGUUCUGUACUGCUGAAGGUUGCUAGUCACAGAUUAAGACCUUUGGGGGAAUAUAGGGAAUACAGAUCAGGGACUGCCUAUGCUAGAGAGUCUGGGGAAGUAAAGGAGGAUGCUGUUCCAUUGUGCGGCAAAAGCAAAAAGCAGAAGUGUAUUCUAAAAUUAAAAAGCUAAAAGUAAGUAAAGUGCCUUAAAAAAUUCCAUCUUGUCACAUGCCUUGCUAUGGUGCUGGAUCCCAGAUGUGACUAGAACUGCUGUCUUUGUUGCUGUCCAUCUAAUCCAUUGUGUUUAUGCCUAUUUAAUAUUUGUUCCUUC